UGAAAAGAAAGAGAAAGGAACAUUCAAUUCAAUUCGAAGACACUCUCUCUCGCUCGCUCGCACCAGCGGACCGACGGAGCUCUCCGAUUCGCCGCCGCCGCCGAUGGAUUUCCAGGUGGUGGUGCUAGCCGGCGGCUUCUCGAAGAAGCUCGUCCCUCUCGUCUCUAAGGAGGUGCCCAAGGCGCUGCUCCCGGUGGCCAACCGCCCGGUCCUCUCCUACGUCCUCGAGCUCCUGGAGCAAAGUAACCUCAAGGAUCUCAUCGUCGUCGUUGAAGGAGAGGAUGCGGCUCUCCUUGUUGGAGGCUGGAUAUCGGGCGCUUAUGUGGACCGUCUGCAUGUUGAGGUCGCUGCCGUACCUGAGGACAUUGGGACAGCUGGAGCCCUUCGAGCCAUUGCACAUCAUCUGACUGCAAAAGACAUCUUGGUCGUGAGUGGUGAUCUUGUUUCUGAUGUGCCUCCUGGAGCUGUGGCAGCUGCACAUAGACGACACAAUGCUGUGGUAACUGCAAUGCUUUGCUCUGCUCCUGUAAGUGGUCCUGCAGAGUCAGGAUCCUCUGGGGGAAAGGACAAAACCAAGAAAGCAGGACGCUACAACCUCAUAGGGUUGGACCGCUCAAAGCAGUUCCUAUUAUACAUUGCCACAGGUGCUGAACUUGAGAACGAUCUUCGUAUUCAGAAGAGUACACUUCGUGCAGUAGGCGAGAUGGAAAUCCGUGCUGAUCUCAUUGAUGCCCAUUUAUAUGCCUUCAAAAGGACUGUACUGCAAGAGAUUCUAGAUCAGAAGGAUACAUUCCAAAGCUUAAAGGAGGAUUUAUUGCCUUAUCUAGUGCGGAGCCAGCUGAAAUCCGAAAUAUUAUUAAAUGGUGCACCGCAACCCGAAGAGAUUGGAAAUAAGGUUGCUUCCCAGAACAACCAAGUAUUGCUGUCACAAAUUCUGUCUAAUUCAUCGAGGCCAAAUUUCCAUGAACUCCAUGAGUUAGGUUCAUAUGGUUCUGCCCCCGCUCGAAGAACGCAUAAAUGUUGUGUAUACAUUGCCAGCAAAAGCAAGUAUUGCGCCCGCUUGAACUCCAUCCAAGCAUUUAGCGAUAUCAAUCGUGAUGUCAUUGGAGAGGUAAAUCAUCUUUCAGGCUAUUCUUUCUCUGCUCAUAACAAUAUUAUCCAUCCUUCAGCGGAGCUGGGAUCUAAAACUACUGUGGGACCGCAUUGUAUGCUUGGGGAAGGAUCUCAAAUGGGGGAUAAAUGUAGCGUAAAGCGAUCUGUCAUAGGCCGUCACUGCCGGAUAGGUUCCAAUGUCAAGAUUGUUAAUUCAAUUGUUAUGAACCAUGUUACGAUUGGAGAUGGUUGCUCGAUACAAGGGUCUGUAGUUUGCAGUAACGUACAGCUUCAAGAACGUGUUGUUUUGAAAGAUUGCCAGGUUGGAGCAGGUUUUGUCGUUAUUGCAGGCGGUGAGUAUAAGGGAGAGUCCUUGGCUAAGAAGGAGAAAUGAGAAAAUGGGUACUUAUUAACUAGGAAGAGCAAUUAGUAUUGAGUUUCAAACUGUGGGGCAUUUGGUAAGUGGCAAUCCAAUGAGAAUGGCCGAUGCUUAUUGGUCCUACUCUUGCAGGGUUGAUGAGCCAGUAUAGCUGAUAUUUUCGCUGCUAUUUGAAGUUCGAACUCCCAAAUCUGAAGGUUUUUGUUCAGUUUACCUUGUGAUUUUUCUAUUUGGUUAAUCAUUUUAAGGGAAAUCCGGAUAAAGAUGAUCUAGGCUUUUGAUUUCGGGAGUGAGUGAUUGUUGUGCCCUCCACUACAUUCACCACUAACAAAAAGCACCCACUGGCGGAGUUUAUUCCGGGAA